AUGGAAAAUGUUCCUUUAGUUGAUGAAAACGACGAAGCUAAUGAUAUUGAAUAUUCAGAUGAAUACGAAUUAACUCGAGAUCUUACACCACCACAAACACAAAUAAUAACAAAAAAUCGUUUUAGAACAAAACAAACAUCAAAUCUACUAAAUUGUUUUCAAUAUUUUCGUCAUACAUCAGAGUCAAAUAAUAAUCAUCAACAAUCACAAGAAGAUAAACAACAACCAGAAGAAAAAAUUAAAACAAAAAUGGGUUUAACUCAACCUCGAAACGUCACAAUUGGUCAACGUGAAUUACGUACUUAUUAUCCACGAAAUGUUAUUCGAAAUCAGAAAUAUAAUCUCUUGACAUUUAUUCCGUUAGUUUUAUUUGAACAGUUUCGAUUUUUCCUUAAUUUAUAUUUUCUCGUUAUGGCUUGUACUCAGUUUGUGCCAGUAUUUCGUGUUGGCUACUUGUAUACGUAUUGGGGUCCAUUAGGCUUUGUUUUAUUUGUGACAAUGUUAAGAGAAGCUAUUGACGAUAUUAAACGUGCGUAUCGUGAUAAAGAAUUAAAUUCUCAAAUGUAUACGUUGAUACAAAAUGGAAAACGUCGAAAAAUACCCAGUUCUGAUUUACAAGUAUCCGAUGUUAUUAUAAUACAGAAAAAUCAAAGGAUACCGGCUGAUGUAGUAUUAUUACAAACAUCGGAUAAAUCAGGUAAUGUUAUAGAAGAAAUUGCAAGCACAUGUUUUAUUCGUACUGAUCAAUUGGACGGUGAAACAGAUUGGAAAUUGCGUAUAGCUGUACCUACUACACAUCAAACAGAUGUUACAAUUUUAACAACAGAGACAACUCCUUCGGGUAAAAUUCAUGCUGAACCACCUCGUUUAGAUAUUCAUGAAUUCAACGGUGUAUUAUCAUGGAAAAGUGAUGAGCCUUUGAGUGUGGAAAAUAUGCUAUGGGCUGGUACAGUAUUAGCCACCGGUGAAUCAAUUUGUUGUGUCAUCUACACAGGAUCGGAUACACGAAGUGUAUUGAAUACCUCAAAACCACGAAGUAAAGUUGGUCUAUUAGACUUAGAAAUAAAUACAUUAACAAAGUUAUUAUUUGGUGCACUUAUUUUACUCAGUGUUAUUAUGUUGGCGUUGAAAGGAUUUCAUGGACCAUGGUGGCGUUAUGGUGUACGAUUUUUUUUAUUAUUUUCAUACAUGAUACCUAUUAGUUUAAGAGUCAAUUUGGAUAUGGGAAAAGCCGUAUAUUCAUAUUUUAUGGAACACGAUAAAAAAAUACCGGGUACAGUUGUUAGAACGUCAACAAUACCAGAAGAACUAGGACGAAUUGGAUAUUUACUAUCUGAUAAAACAGGCACAUUGACCCAAAAUUUAAUGAUAUUUAAACGUAUCCACAUGGGCACGGUGUCGUAUACAAAUGAAAAUCAAUCAGAAAUUGCACGUUUAAUUAAACAACAAUUUAAACAGCCAUCACCUCAAUUACAAGCGGCCUCCUCUACGCAGAAAAGAAGUGUGGUCAAACGAACUGAAACUACUAAAGUUCCCGACGCUAUAAAGGCAUUAGCUCUUUGUCAUAAUGUAACACCUGUCUUUGAACAAAAAUCCACAACACCAGCACUAGAACAAUCACAUAUGAAAACAUCGAUGAAUGCUAGUGUUGAUAGAUAUUCAAUAAAUAGUUCACGACCUGAUUCACCAUUAACAUCAACAACAGUCAAUGAUUUAUCAGAUGAACAACAAGCGUCACAACCACUCGACCCUGAUACACAAGAGGGUGUUACGUAUCAAGCAUCGAGUCCCGAUGAAAUAGCGUUAGUUGAAUGGACAGAACAAGUUGGUUUAGCAUUAGUUCAUCGUGAUUUACAAACCAUCACAUUAUGUUUAAAUUUCAGUCAACAAACACUUCAUUAUCACAUAUUACAAUUGUUUCCAUUUACCUCGGAAACAAAACGAAUGGGAAUUAUUGUACGAGAUGAUCAAACAAAUGAAAUUAUUUUCUAUUUAAAAGGUGCUGAUAUGGUAAUGCAACCCAUUGUGCAAUAUAAUGAUUGGUUACAAGAAGAAUGUUCAAAUAUGGCUAGAGAAGGUUUGCGAACGUUGGUUGUAGCAAAAAAAACUCUCACAGAAGAACAAUAUCAAGAUUUUGAACAACGAUUAUUAAAAGCAAAAUUACAAACAAUAGAUAGAAAUAAACGAGUGAAUGAAAUAAUUGAGACUUUAGAAAGAGAUAUGGAAUUGUUGUGUGUUACAGGUAAGCCUUUUAUUAUAAGAGAUUAA